AAAGCCAAAGCUGGAAACCGGCCUCUUGCGCAGCGCGUCUAGAGCUCUCCUCCCUCGCAUUCAGAACCGCUUCCGGCCCUGCCAACCACAUUCUCAUUCGCAGAGCAAAAUAUCCAAUCAGCAAGGGUGUCUAAGUCUGUUUACCAAUCGCAGUCCCCCCGUAAACCGACCAGCCAAUACAAACGCGAACAACCCUUCACAGCUGACUGCUGCCGUCCCUCCGACUUCCGGGUCUGGCCCCGUUCCUUUGUUGAUGUUGUGCAACCUGGUGGGCGGCCGGUCAGAGGGGACUUUGCUCUUGCGCUCCGACGCCCUCCGUGCCCAGGUGAGAUUGCAACCGAGUUGCACCUCGGUCUUGCGGCGGCGACUGGAGGCUGGCACGGAUGGGCAAGCUGAGGGGUCCCUUCCCUCGCCCCAGGCUGCCUUGGCGAUCUCCGAGCCCCCUUUUCUGCCAGAGGUUGCCUCUCUCCUGAGAACGGCUCUUCCCCCUCAGCUUCUCUUCGAGCUCUUCCCUGCUUCCUCCAUGGCCGAGGCUUUGUCAUCCAUAGGCGAGAAGGUGGGUUGCGUGAUCGGCGUGUCACACACGCAUGGCUCCAGCGAGGGACCCUGGAGUGGCAGCGGCGUGCUCCUGUCGCAGAGCCCAGGAAUUGCUCUAUGUCACGGGGAGAUCUUCUCCCCUUUCCUUCUGGCCUCGGAGCAGCCGGACUGGUCCCAGUGCAAAGUCCUGCUUCGAGACAGCUUCUCUCCAGACAUCCAGAUACGGAUACUCAGACCAAGCCACUGCAGCAGCAGCAAAAUCAGGUUAAAUUGGCAUGAGAGAGACUUGCAGGUCAGUGCCCCAUCUUUGAGGUUCAACCCACUUUCCAGUUGUCUGGAGGUACCUAGUGGCCUGGAGUGCCAUGAAGCUGAACUGUUGAUGAUGGUCCCCUGUCGACAGUUCCAAGCUGCCUUCUCCAAAGUUUUUAGUGCAUCUGACCAGUGGCACUUUGAUGAGCACGAGGUCAGGAAAGAGACCGUUUCAUGUGCGGAUGAGCUGCGUUUCCUGCAUUGGUUUGCCUUGCUGAGAAUCCUGGAUUGUGACUUCCAUGGGGUGGGGCCAGUGAACUACAUUCCAGCAGCACUUCUGAGAAAAGGGGACCCGCUCUUUGCUUGUGGCUCCCCUUUUGGAUCCUUUUGCCCAGACAUUUUCAUGAACACCCUUAGCAAAGGGAUUGUGAGUAAUCUGGCUGGAGAAGGCAAUGCCCUCAUCCUGACUGAUGCUCGUUGCUUGCCUGGCACUGAAGGCGGGGGCAUCUUUGCAAUUUCUGGAGACAGUCCCCGACUCGUUGGGAUAAUCGUCUCUCCGCUUUGCUGGAAAUCCAAUGAAUGGGUUGGCCUCACACUGGUUUGUGCUGUUGACUGUAUCCUGGAGAGUAUCAGGGGCAUCCUCUCAGAGCCUCAACAGAUUCAGAAAAUCUGUUUACCCUCCUUGCAACUUAUGGUUAAGCCUCAGAAGAUGGCAGUGGCCAGCCCGGUACAGCAGAUGCUGGCUGCUGUCGUUUUGGUGGAGUGUGGACCAACCUGGGGGUCUGGAGUGAUGGUGAGCUCAAAGGUUGUGUUGACUUGUCGCCAUGUGGUCAGUGGAGCAUCAAGCGUCCACGUGAGGCUAAGAUCCAACCCUAAACAGAUGUUGGUGACUAAAGGAAAAGUGGUGUUUGCAACACAGGAUUCUUCUCCCUAUGAUGUUGCAUUGGUAGAACUGGAAGAAGGUUCCUUCACAUUUGUAAAGCCUGUCCUAGCCAACAAGUUCUAUGAAGGAGAAGAUGUCAGCAUGGUUGGAUUUGGUGCCUUUGGCCAGGCCUGCGGCCCAUCAGUAACUUCGGGGAUCUUGUCAGCGGUCAUCAGUGUGGACCAGAAGCCUGUGAUGCUUCAGGCAACCUGCGCUGUCCACGCUGGCUCAAGCGGAGGGGCUCUCUUCUCCACACACAGUGGGAAGCUUCUCGGUAUUGUUGCCAGCAACACAAGGGACAAGAGCAUCGGAGCCACCUACCCCCACCUGAACUUCAGCAUCCCCAUUACAGUCUUGCAGCCAGCUCUUCUGGAGUACAUCCGCAGCGGGGACCUGCGUGGCUUCCAGGAACUGGACAGGGUGGCUGGCAGGGUCCAGGUGGUCUGGAGGCUCCAAAGAGAGCCUGGGGAAAUGCCACUCAGCAAGCUCUGAAGAUCUUCCGCUUGGUGAAGAAAAGGAAGAACCUGCAGAUGUAGAGGAUGAGCUUGCAGUGGGCACUGUUUUAAAUUACUGGGCAACCCAUGGUGCUUAGGGUUAUACUUGAAAUUCUUUAAAUAGUCUUCUGAGAAGGUAGAUGAUGCAUUUUCGGUGGGGCUUGCCUUCCCUUGCUUUUGUUCUGACUUCCCAUCAUGCCUUUGUUCUGCACUCUUCCCACUCUACUCUCACUCAGCCAAUCAAAACAUCCUCUGCUCCUGAUUGCUUCUCAUGCCCAGAACUGUUCAAAGUCUCUCCUGUCCCAUUAAAACCCCACUAAUCCUUUGGCUCAAAUCCUUUAAUCAUCUUACCUUUCGAUUGAAAUAUGGGUUUAUUUUCAGCAGUUGUUGAAAAGUCGAUUGUGAGGUUCUCCAGGCAGGGAUCCCUUUUAUUUAAGAUUCUUGCUGUACAUUGAACAAAUCACUGGGCCAGGGUGGCCAAACUUGCUAAACUUUGAAAGUUCUGGAGCCAAAGAUGUUUCUGUGCCUUUGAAAAAAAACCAAUGCCCCAUCUUAAAGCAAUGUUAAGACGGUACUUAUUGAUCAUUUGACCGUUUCAUAUCUUAGGAAGACAAAAUCUCAGUCCUUCAUACAAAAAAGAUUUUCAGAAUUAACAUCCCUGGGUGAUCCUUUCAUCUAUAAAAUAAAGGAGAAAAGAGACCUGAAGAGUUGUUUCAGUUCGUGAAAUGUAUGUCCUACGAUGGCAAUAAGGGGAAAGAAUACAGUAGACCUUGCCUGGAUUUGCAAUACUAAAUUAUUGGCAUCUAACUAAGUUAUGUCACACUGUGCCUUUGUUCCUGUGCCCUUGGCCUUUUGGCACAGUUUGACAUAAUUUAGUUAGAUGCCAUGUCUUAAUAAGAAAUCUUUUGGCCAAAGGGUGGGGACAUGCAUUCUUUUAGCUUGUAUGCUGUAUAGAAGUAGCACAGCUGGGUGAACACCCCUGACCACUGAAACCUCAUUGCUCUAAUCUGAAAGCAGCAUAGUUCUUAGAGUGGCUGACCAGAGUUUGCAAAUCUCCACACUGCAUGGAAGCUCCCUUGGUGAGCCUAACAAGGAUACAAAGAAGAGGUGAGAAAACCACAUAGCAUUCCCACUAGGGAGAAAAGCGGGGUAUAAACAAACUGGACAACUGCUCUCCACAGCAUGCGAUCGUAUGUUCUGAAUCUGUAAUCCUAUUCAUGCUCACUCAGGAGCAGGCUGUGGUUAACGUAAUAGGAUUUACUUCUACGUAUGCUGCUUUUUUGCCUUCAAGUCACAGCUGAAUAUUGGUGGCUCCGUAGGGUUUUUGAGGCAAGAGAUGUUCAGGGGCAGUUUGUCAUUGGCUGCCUCUGCAUUGCGACCCUGGACUUCCAUCUAAGUACUAGCCAGGGUUGAGACUGAGAGAGUAUGUGAAUGGCUCAAGGUCACCUAGGAAGCUUCCAUGGCACAAGCGGGGAUUUGAACCUGGGUUUUCCAGGUACCAGUGCAGCACCUUAACCACUGUACUACGCUGACUCCCCUAAGUAUGCAUACCUGUUUCUGUGUAACCGUGCAUAGGUAAGCUCUGUUGGAAUCCACCUAGUUGCCAGGUAAACAUGCAUAGCAUCAGGCUGUGAACAUUUUCCCCUCUUUGCAAACUGAUUCUUCCUUUCUUUUGCUGGUAGCAACAGGUGCGGGUCUCCCAUCUACCUUGCCCCCCUCCAGAAUAGGCCAGUUGGGGAGGGAAGUGAAGUAAGCAGAAUAAGUGAGGGUGAAGUCCUCCACUGCUCAUUUGAUUCCUUUAUUCAUGUCAGGCUUCCAACACCUUUUUCAAAAAGCGUCGUGAGACCCUGGGACACUCCCCAUUUCAGUACCACAGCCAAUCACAGCUGUGGAACAAGGAGGCAAUGUGAGAGAGUGAAGAGCUACUCUCUGUGCAAAGCAAAAUGAGCAAUCAUUGAGGAGGAAGGAAAUGUGGAAGCUUCUAAGUGUGUGAAGCUGCAAACUACACUGUUCCUGUCAAACAGCUUUCUGACUCCUGAGUUACUGUUUGGCCACCCCUGAAACAAAGGUUAGGUGCUCCAUGUUUUUUGCGAAUGGCUCCUGUGUUUCAAGCAAUGAUCGCCAUCUGUUGCCUAGGAACAAUGCUCCCUUCCAUUUCACAUUGUCCAAUUUUUUAAAAAUUAAAUUUUUGAACAUU